GUGGCGAAGAUGCUUUCGGCGCAAUUACGUCUUUUGGAGUUGAACACUGGAAAGAAGGCUCGAGUUGUAACGGCGUUACGCCGAGCGAAACAACACCUGUUUUCCUACAUGGGUUACGUUAGUGCAUAUUUGUUGAUUGGUGGAGUGGAUUCCACAGGGCCUCAUUUAUAUCAGUGCUCUGCGAGUGGCUAUACACAGAGCAAACCUUUUACGGCCGAAGGAUCGGGCAGCUAUGCAGCAACAACUGUCUUAGAAAGAGAUUUUAAAUUCGGCAUGACUGUAAGUCUUGACAUUUCUCGUUCCUGAGU